CUGGCAUCUCUGGAUGUCACACUAUCCUCUGACUACUUUUCAAUCGCUUAAAAGUUCGAUUGGACCUAAAAUCGAAUAUUUCGCGUUGUGUGUGUUUCUCUGUAAUACAUUACAGAAAAAUCGGAAUCUCUUCGUAAAAAUGGUUCUAUCCAACAUAAUUCGCGUUGUCAGCCAGCUGAGCGUUAGUCGAUCAGGCCUUCUAGAGGUUCGACAGAUACGUCGAAAGUACACCUACCGGAGUGGUGCCUUGAAACCCAUGCCUGACAUAACUCCUUUCGGGCUACUGGGAAUCAUUAUGACCGUCAUUCCGGGGCUGCUGAUUGGUGCAACUAUAAGCAAGAACAUGGCCAACUUUCUGGAGGAGAAUGAUCUGUUCGUCCCGUCGGAUGAUGAUGACGAUGAUGAUUAAAGUACUGGCGGAAUGAUCUGGUUUCCUCUGUAUCUUGCUCUCUGUAAGUUGGCGUUAUGAUUAAUGCGGAAAAUUGUUAUUUUUAGAACGGCUGAUAAUUAUUUUUAAUUUUGGUCAUAUGUUGAAAAUACCGUUUUUGUAAUUAUGUUAUUGAGAACUAUUCAAUACUGUGUUCUAAAUAAAAAGUGACAUUUUGCUUGUAAAAGGUCAAGUUGAUUUAUUUAGUUUGCAAUGAUAGCGGCGAAAUUUUCGAAGAAUUAAAAAAAAAUCUUACACAUUUGUGUUGUGCAUAAAUUGUAUUUUAUUUAUGAGUGUUAUUGUUUAUACAUUUGUAUAUAUUUUAUUCAAAUUAACCAAAUGAAAUCUUAAAGUGUCAAUGGAAGCAAAAAACAAAAAAAUGUUACAGCCUGAAAAAUCUAUGUUUGUUUACUGUGCAGUUUACUUCUAUUUAAUUCAAAUAUAAAUAGCAAAACAACUUAAACAAAUGAAUCACAAAAUAGACGAUUAUUCGCAGAAAGCUAUGUUCAAUUAAAAGUAAAGUAAAGAAAUGUUAUCGUAAUAAUUGUCUCGCACUGUUGCACUUCAGGAUUAGUUCAGCCAACCGUUUCUACAAACCAGUGUAGCAGUAAUAGCAUUGAACAAAAAUUUGAGUGCAUAUGUUAGCAUUGUUAAAAAAAAAAAAAAUGAAAUAAAAAAACGAAUACGGCAAAAAUAAGUACAGUUAGCCUAUUUUGAUAAAAUUUCACAUCUUGGACCAUAAUGUGUACAGCUUAUUCUGGGGGACGUUUGUGCGCACUCCAUCCAUGGAAGCAUUUGGUGAAUCGUUUCGAUUCUUUGUUCUUCAGUGUUAGGAACAGUUUCCUAGGUCGUUCCGGUUGUUUGAUACGCAUGUGCUGGAUGUAGACCUGUAAGUAGGAAAAAAAGGUUAAUACGAAGUCCGGUAUACUUUUCACACCACAGUACCUGUGCGGAUUUGUACGCCAGUUUGAUUUCCACCUCGCUGCAGCGAGAGCCUAGCCACAGGAACACCUGGUCUCCGUUAUCCAGAAUCAUAAUAUCGUCAUCAGCUAAAUCAUCCUGACAGAAGUCGGAACAUUUCUCGGCUACAGUAAAGUAACCUUUCUCGUUCGAACAGCGGAAUAAUCGGGUGUAAUUCAUGUAGUCGGCAUCGGUGUCGUAUGGUUUGCGGCCACCCAAUGCUACCCAGAAGAAGUUUUCCGGUUCUUCUCCUUCAUGCAAUAUCUGUAAAAUAAAUGGUUUUUGUUUUAAAA